AUGCGGGCACCAUUUCGUUAAAAAUUAGUUCGAAUUAUUUUAGAAAUAUUACUUUGUUCUAUUCAUCCAAUUCCUCGACAUUUUCCUAUUGGUCUAUAUUCUGAAAAUGAAAAAACGAAUUCAAAUUUAACAAUAACUAAUCAUUCUACACUGAAUUCAAUCUCUUUAAAAUACAUUCCUGUUGAUGUUGCACUUGGUUUACCGAGUGUAGCUGCCAUAGCAAGUACAAUUGGUAUUUUGGUUGCGACUCUACUUACAGCUGCCGUAGCCGAAAAACUUGUCCUAUCUCAAUGGGAAAAAUAUGUUCACAAUUUUGUUUUAAAUAGUGAACUAGCCAAACAACGUACGCAUCAAGCAGCCAAUGUUCUUAUAUAUGCAUGGAAAAUGUGGUAUUUAAAAAAAAUGAAUGAGAAACGAUCGACUCGAUACAUAACAGUACAACGAAAAUUUUUCGAAUCCAUCUAUAUUAUUAAACAAAUUAAAGAAAAACAACGAAAACUAACUGAUUAUUGUGUAGGCUUAGCUGAAUUAAUGAUGAUUCAUCGUGAGACAAGUAUAACAAUUGAUGAAACUGUUAAACAAAUGUCUACAAUGGAAUUGAAAAUGGAAAAUGUCAAGAAAAAACUUGAUGAUGUCAAUCAUACAGGACGAAAAAUGCAUAAAACAUUAAAUCGAUUGUUAGAUAAACGUCUAAUAUGA